AUGGAAUUUUCCAAGAGGAGGAAACUGAACUUGGCAGGCGAUCAGAAGAAUGCUUGCUACCCUCACAGCCUUCAGUUUUACCUGCAGCCACCUACUGAAAACAUAUCUUUGAUAGAGUUUGAAAACUUGGCUAUCGAUAGAGUUAAAUUGCUAAAAGCAGUUGAAAAUCUUGGAGUGAGCUAUGUGAAAGGACAUGAGCCAUACCAGAGCAAGAUGGAAGCUGAGAUUCGAAAAGUCAAGUUUUCUUACAGAGAAAACUUAGAAGAUGAAUAUGAAGCACGAAGAAAAGAUCACAUUUCUCACUUUAUUUUACGCCUUGCUUAUUGCCAGUCCGAAGAUCUUAGACGCUGGUUUAUUCAACAAGAAAUGGAUCUCCUUCGAUUUCGAUUCAGUAUUUUACCCAAGGACAAAAUUCAAGAUUUUUUAAAGGAUAGUCAUUUGCAUUUUGAGGCUAUAAGUAAGGAUGAGAAGACUUUUCCAGAAAAUGAUAUUAAGGCUUCAUCAUUCAGUCCAAAUGAGACUGGCUUAGAGUUGGAGUCAGUUUAUAAGAUCCCUUUUGCUGACGCUCUGGAUUUGUUCCGAGGAAGGAAAGUCUAUUUGCAAGAUGGCUUUGCUUAUGUACCACCUAAGGACAUUGUGGCAAUCAUUCUGAAUGAAUUUAGAACCAAGCUGUCCAAGGCUUUGGCAUUAACAGCCCGGUCCUUGCCUGCUGUGCAGUCCGAUGAGAGACUACAGCCUCUGCUUAACCACCUCAGUCAUUCCUACACUGGUCAAGACUACAGUACACUGGGCAGUGCUGGGAAGAUUUCUUUGGAUCAGAUUGACUCGCUUUGUACCAAAUCCUUCCCACCGUGCAUGCGUCAGUUACACAAAGCUUUGCGGGACAAUCACCAUCUCCGUCACGGGGGCCGGAUGCAGUAUGGCCUCUUCCUGAAGGGCAUUGGUUUAACGCUGGAGCAGGCACUGCAGUUCUGGAAGCAAGAAUUUAUCAGAGGGAAGAUGGAUCCAGACAAGUUUGAUAAAGGCUACUCUUACAAUAUCCGUCACAGCUUCGGAAAGGAAGGCAAGAGGACAGACUAUACACCUUUCAGUUGCCUGAAGAUUAUUCUAAACAAUCCGCCAGGCCAAGGGGAUUAUCAUGGGUGCCCAUUCCGUCACAGUGAUCCCGAGCUGCUGAGGCAGAAGUUGCAGUCGUACAAGAUCUCUCCCGGAGGGAUAAGCCAGAUUUUGGAUUUAGUAAAAGGGACACAUUACCAGGUAGCCUGUCAGAAGUAUUUUGAGAUAACACAUAAUGUGGAUGAUUGUGGCUUUUCAUUGAAUCAUCCUAAUCAAUUCUUUGUGGAGAGCCAAAGGAUUCUAAAUGGUGGUAAAGACAUGAAGAAGGAACCCAUCCAACCAGAGACUCCUCAGCCCAAACCAAGUGUCCAGAAAACCAAGGAUGCCUCCUCUGCUCUGGCCUCUCUCAACUCCUCUCUGGAAAUGGAUAUGGAGGGACUGGAAGAUUACUUCAGUGAUUGA